CCCCAUUCACAGUACAUUUAGAAAGGCAAAGUUCUUACAGGAAUGGUGAAUGGGGAAAUGUAAUUAAAAAUUUUAAUUUUUACGUCUGUUCUUGAUACUUAUUUUGAUUUGUCCUUGGAUGGAAUAUUUUAUAACAUAAGUUGAAGUUUGUACAAAUUUCGAAGACGGUUAGAAAGCAAAGUUCUCCAUGCAACGAAAAAUUGGAGCAAAUAUUGACUAUCCGAUUCAUUUGCUUUAUUUAGUUUUCACAUCCUAACUAACCACGUGCGAAUUGAAUCUACUGUUUGCAAGCUUCUUUUUCUUAGUUUAGCCAAAAUUUUCAACAAUAGUUUUAAGUUUUAAAAAAUUUACAGAAUGACUACAACAAAGGCAAACCUUACCGAGUUUGAGCAGCAACUUGUUGAUAAAGCAAUUGGAGCAAUGGAGAAUGCUUACUGCAAGUAUAGCAACUUCAAAGUUGGAGCUGCGCUGGUGUGUGACGACGGAGAAAUUAUCAUAGGAGCUAACCAUGAGAAUGCGUCAUACGGAGCAACGAUUUGUGCAGAGAGAAGCGCAAUAGUUACCGCCUUGACCAAGGGACACAGAAAAUUUAAGUACAUUGUUGUUGCAACCGAACUAGAGGCUCCCUGCUCGCCAUGUGGAGUAUGCCGACAGGUCCUUAUCGAAUUUGGAGACUACAAGGUCAUUCUCGGGUCUUCGACUAGUGAUCAAAUUAUCGAGACUACAACAUACGAGCUUCUGCCAUAUGCAUUCACUCCAAAAUCACUCGAUGAUCAUGAAAAGGAGACUGAAGAGCGCAAACAUCACAAUGAUCACAACAAUAAGGAAUAGGGAAAAUUUUCAGAAAUUCAUAAAUGUUAUGAACACAGUAAUUUCUAUUAAUAAAACAUGGUUGUUGAAUAU